GACAUGCACAGUCUAUAAUGAAGACUACAUGACCUGUGAGUGGGACAGCAGCCAGAAACCAGCCUCCAAUUACUCCCUGUACUACCGAUCUGGAAAAGAUCGCGUUGUAGAGUGUCAGCAUUACCUCCAAAGAGAUGGUGUCAACAAGGGAUGCUGGUUCAAUGGCAGCCAGAUCGAUAUUUUUCCUUCCUUCUAUGUUUAUCUCCAUAUAAUCAACAAUGGCAGCAGCCUCUUCUACAGAAACAGCACCAUUCAACUGCAAGACCGAGUGAAACCCAAUCCACCUAUUAACCUCACCAUCCAGAGCUUAGGAAACAACCAGCUGCAGGUGACUUGGGGUUCAACAUACAAAAUCCCAGGCUGUCUGAUGCAUAUGGUGGAGUACCAGAGCAGCACAGACACCAAACCAAAGAACUCACCAACAGAAGAGAUGAAGUUCAUCUUGCCCAGUGUGGAUCCAAAGAAGAACUAUACCUUCUAUAUAAGAAGUAAAUUAAAUGAUAAAUGCGCCACCACUGACCUUUGGAGUCUGCCAGCCGGCCCUGUCUUUUGGGGGGGAAAUUCCCCCAGCAAAGGCACUGAAGACAAGACCAAGUCCAUGUGGUUCUGGAUCCAAAAUGUCCUGUUCCCUAUUGGCUCCUUUUUGCUCCUGCUCCUGCUCCUCUUAAUUCUGAUGCGCAUGGAGAGGGUAUGGCUGGUUCUGAUGCCAAGAAUCCCCAACCCUAGCAACAAAUUUGAGGAGCUCUUCACAGCCUACCAAGGCAACUUCUCAGAGUGGGCCGGGGUCACCAAGGAUGCUGUGGAGAGUUUCAUGCCAAGCUACCGUGAAAGCAUCUGCCAUGUCACAGAAUUGCUCCCUGGUGGGGGAUAUUUGCCCCUGAGCAAUGACAUUCUGGGCAAGGCCGGGGAGUUGCCUGGAGUUUCUGUGGACCUCGUCUCCAGGAUUGACAUUGACUAGAGCCUGUAGGACCAGUCACUUGCAAGUCUGGGAUGUUUCCUAGCUAGAGCUUCUGUUAUGGUUCUCCUCAGACAUGCUUUCCUCACAGUGCUACAGUCACUGUUAAUGGUACAGAAGACUGGACAAAAGCAGGUCUGAUAAUUUCUGCAGAACAUCUAUUGGCUUUGUUUCACAGCAGUGUAUUCACUGGUACACCCUUGAGAUACGUAACUAUGAAUGAAUGGCUUUAUGCCUGGAAAUAAAUCUUACAAUACGAAGAACAAA